UUCAGUAAAACUGUGAAUUUGGUUACCUAUUUGGAGAUGUUGUGCCAAUUCCAUCAAAAAACAUUUCAUCUUCCCUUUAUGUCAUAUUAAUACCUGUGUUUUGUCAUAUUUUGUCUUGCCGGGCAGGUGCACCACUCGGGAAAAGUCAAGAAAACUGUUCCCCACCUCCUCCAUUUGCAGGAGCUCGGUUCAUGGUUUGGUCUGACCCUGGCUCGAGGCAGGACCCAAGGAUAACUCCAGUCAAACACACAGAGUCAUCAUGGAGGACCGAUCAUCCCCUCAUACCUUCUCCAAUGUACACCAUCAUCGCCACCGCCUGUCCUUUCACCUCACCUUGCCUGGCCUUCAAACCCUGGAAGCUGGAUACCCAUCCUCUCUGCUCCCUUCUCUGGAUGCCUUGGAAUCAUAUGGAAGUACAGGAGAGGAACCUGCAACCUUAUUUCCAAAUUCAAACACGUCGUCUUGGGGAAGACGUGAGAGUACUGACAGUGACAAAGGCCUUGCGAAUUUAAGUGAAAGUGGUUUGGAAGGAGAUGCUAGCUUAGGAGGUCACCUUGACAGAAAUGGCACUUAUGGCAGCCAUUUUGCUGAGCCGUGGUACGGCAGUGGGAAAACCGAGGACAUUUGGGAUGACGGAGAAAGUUGUGAAAGCCCAACAGAUGAUUUUUAUAGCACAUCUCAUUCCUACGAGAACACAAUUGAUGCUUUCUUUCCCAGAAGCAGUGAUAAAAGAGAGGGGGAUUUUAGUUUUGGGUGCAAUCACAGAGCCCGAGCUAAUUCUAAUAGCUGUGAUAACGUUAGUGUUGAAGCUAAAAGUGAGAUAGUUUACAACAGGGGACCUAACAUUAUUAAACAAAAUCUCCCAUACAACAGAAGCAAAACUGGUCGGUUUAGUGACAGCAGUGUGGACUAUUGUGGGACAGAUUCUUGGGUCAAUGAUAACUACUUUGGGAAGGAAGAAGGGUCCAGCAGUGGCUCCACUGAGGAUCAGCUUCCACCACUAGAGGCGCUGCGAACACCCCGACUGAGCAACUCUCCUAGUCAAACAGCAUGUGGCGGAUGGCAAGGAGGUCAGUCGUCAUGUCCACCAGUGAGAUCUCCUUUAGGCACUGAUACUGGGACAUACACCCAGAAAUUGGACUCUUUCUCAGAGGCUUUUCUCUCCCAGCGGAAGAGAAGAUUUCCCAUGAUUCCGAUUGGGGAUUCCUUUGGACACUGGGAAGGAGAAGUAACUGGUUCAACCAAGUCGAGCCACAACUGUGCUUUUGAUUCCAACUCCUUCCUGCCUCCAUCCUCCUCGUCUCCUGCUCAUCUUUCAGUUCCAUCAUUCCCCUCACCUCCUGCAACCUCUCACUUCAUGUCUUCAGUCCUUAGUCCUCCUCCCACACCUUUGCCCCCUCCUCCGGUUCUGUCACCCUUCAAAAUGGACUCUCCCGGUGCACCUGGGGGAACCGGUCAUUCAGAAGCACUUAGUACGAUCCAGUGUUUCCCACCAUGUAUUAAGUCUCUCCCUCCUGCCCACUCCUCUGGGAUAAUGUGGAAGUUUCCACUGCUGUCACAUUGCUUCCCACAUUUGUCCGGUGACCCCAACAAUUCUGAGGGUGACCUAAGAGCUUUGCACAGCAAUGACUACAACACCAUCACAGGCUCACAUGACCUCCAUCAGAGCCCCGAAUCAUCGCUCCCGCCUCCUGCAUUAAAUCGAACAUCUCUCCAUCUGUCCAGAGCUCUCUGUCCUGCCAAAAUUCCUGCACUCCAUCCUCCUUUCUGCGCUCCCUCUCCUCCGUCGGGCCAACGCCGUGAUUCAGGAGAAAAGAUCGCACAUCCUGUGGUUUCCCAGAAAGGAAAGAACCGAUCACAACUAAAGCAGCAAUCUGCUUCAGUCUACACUGGAACUCCAUUUCCCAGUAUCCUUCACUCCAGCAAGCAUCCAGAGAGGAGCCACUACACUCCUCGUCCCCUCCUCUGUCCAGUCCGUCGAGGGACAGGGCUCUACUCCUCCCUGUCCUCUCUCCAUCACAGUGAAGACGGGGCAGCAGACAUUAAGGAGGAGCACGAUGUGUCCCCGCACAUCAACUUGGGUUCGGAUUUCCAGGCUGAGCUGCUGUCUUGCCCUACGGAGGAUGGAGGGUUGUGGGUGGGGUCACCGGAAGAAGAGUUUCCCAGGGAACAGUUGCUGUGGAAACCAUGGGACGAGUUGCAGGAGAGCAGCGACAUACAACAGCAAGUGGAGAAGCUGCUGUCCAUGUGUAGUUCCAGCUGCCUUCCAGGAGGGGGCAGUAACAUAGAGCUGGCUUUGCACUGUCUGCACCACUGUCAGGGAAAUACAAUGGCGACACUGGAGAUGUUAUUGUUCUCAGAGCCCUCACCGACAGGAGACUACCACUACUCUGGUAGUGAUUUGUGGACAGAUACCGAAAGGAUUUCCUUCAGUGCAGCUCUGGAGAUGUAUGGAAAAGACUUUUCCCUCAUACAAAAAAUGGUAAAAACGAAGACCGUGCAGCAGUGUGUUGAGUCGUACUACUUGAGGAAGAAGCUCCUGGAUAAGCAGAAAAAACAGAAGCAGGAGGAGGCCAGAGAAGUGGGCAUGGAGCAGCCGAAAAGUGUACCACCCAUCUGUCAACCAGUAAACAGGCAUUUUGGACUGCAAGAGGCGGUUCCUGUUCCCUCAUUGGCCAGCUUCUUCCCUUGCAAGCUGUGUGGCAAAAUGUUCUAUAAAAUCAAGUCUCGUAAUGCUCACAUGAAGAUCCACCGGCAGCCUCAGGAUGACUGGAAUGACAAGCGACUCCAGCACCAACUUCUCACCCAGCGUUUUGCCCUCAGUCGUCCCACCAACCAUAUUGUGCUUCCGACGCAAGUUCAACCCUUUUCCUCCUCUGGCCUCACAGUUACUUCUAGCAACAACAGCGAUGCAGAUAAUAUUCUCAACUCCAUUGCUGUUACCAGUAACCAUACCGCCACUGCCAGUGCCACUAGUGUUCUAGACCACAGCAGUGUACUCGCAUAUAGCGGCAGCACACCAAACUGUCAUAUUACCAACCCCAAUUCUGGCAUGAAUCAAAGAGACCCUGCUUCUGUCAUACCUGUCCACCAACCAUGGAGCUCAUUUGGACAUUGCCAAGAACCCAGUACCUUCUACUGCGAGCCAAAGGUGGAGGAACCCUUAGGUAUUGAGACCAUCGCAGAAAAGAGCCCAAUGAACUGGUCGUAGUGUUUAAUUCUACCAGAAUCAUUCCUGUCAGUGAGAUCUAAGAAACUCCUUCAAUCGUUUUCAAGUACUAUUGACCUAAAUAUGACAAAACUGCAUUUUGUAAAUUAUGUACUUAAAAGUAUAUUUAAUUUUUUUAUUCAGAGUUUGAAUAAAAU